AUUGCAUUCAAGUUUGUUACCACGAUGAUCAGGCGUUUGUCGUAAAAUGUACCGGUGCACUGGUUUGAGAUGAGUAUUCGUGCUAUCUGGGUUUCCACUCUGCCAGAUAGUGGUAGCGAUAACGUUCUUUAUUCGAGGAAAUUCAUAACAGUGGAAAAAAGAGCCAAAAUAUUUGCUGAAUCAGCCGAUAAUUAUGUCAAAUUGCCAGAGGAUUCAGUGUUUUAUUCUGCAUUAGUUUCUGCGCUUGGUUUGAAAAGUGAAAGCUCACAGUUUUCAAAAUCUGAUGUAAUCCAAAGCACACCAGUAUUUGAGCUUUCAACACGUGAAGGAAAGCUAUGGCCUGUGAUUGUCAUCGAACAGCAUCCACUCAUAUUGUGUUGCCUCCCACUUGUUGAAAACGGAAGCAUAGCAAGGCCACCACUCAUUGAAAUUCCUGGAAUAUCCAUUGGAUUUUCUUUGCUUUUGCAUAUAGCGGAACUUCUUGGUCCAUCACAACAAAAAAUUGACCAGAAUUCUUCCAAGCUGCAUGAUCUACGUACCUAUCUACACUAUGCCCUUCCAUUUGGUACACCAAUCAAUCUGAAUGUAUCUACAGUAAUGGCGGCUGUCAGCUCUAAAGCUUCACAUCAAACUCUGACACAAAAGCAACCAGCAUGGAAGCCAGUAUUGCUGCGAGGGGUAAAAUCUCAUAUUUAUUUUCAUAUACAUGAGUUUAUUCGUGCAGUCCAGUAUGACCGUUCAACCGUUCCUGAUGUAUGGGAUGUCUACGGUCGUGUCAGUUGUAAAGCAGAAUUGGAGGGUGUUGCGCCAGAUAUUACAGUCAAUUUAUCUGUUUUACCAAACCAUCCACCGAUAAGUAACCUUAUAGUUCAUCCAUGUGUCAUGGUUGCUGAUACACAUUCAACAGAUGGCGUAUUCAACAAUGGAAGUGACCAACCGAUAACCAGACGUAUAAGAUUCUCUCCACCAGUUGAAACCCAUUUAUUAUGUCACUACUCUUCCUUAUCGUUGACAAAAUUGCCAAUUCAGGGAUUCUAUCAAAUGAGAGGCGAUCAGAAAUCUGUCAAAAUUUUAGUACAACUCAAACUCCACGAGAAGGUUAAAAACAGUUUUGAUUACUGUGAAGUUCAAUUUCCGUUUUACAACAGAGGCAGUAUUUUGAAUUAUGAUGCUGCAUCCUCAGUUGGGACUAUUGUUGUUGGUCCAGAUAAACGCCGACUAGUCUGGAAUGUUGGACAGCGAUUUCCAAGUAGGAAUCUAGAAGCUGAAUUGAAAGCCACUGUGAACUUUGAUGAGUACAGUCCAUCACAAACACCUGGUGUUUAUGAAGACCCAUUCUGUGUAGAACUUAAUGCAUAUGCACAAAUAUUAUUCAAGAUUUCUGAUUACACACAUAGUGGGUGUAUAAUAGACCAGAAGUCCAUGCAGAUUCACCCCAGUGUGAAAGCCAGAAUCACAACAGUGAGAGAAUUAAUGAGUGCAGAUUAUAAAAUAUGGAAUUCACAUGGUGACUGUCAAAUGGCUUUCCAGCCUCCUGCGUAUCUGUAAAUCACAGUGAAUGCAUCAGUGUGUAUAUUAUGUUUGGGAUGCUAUUUUAUAUUUGUAUAUUACUGUAAAAUACUUUAUUUUCGCUUAGAAAUAUUUUUCGCUAUUUUGCUGAAGGAAUGAUUCAUUGAAAAAUAAAGUCCAGCGAUUAUCCCUUUUUCCCUAUAUUUUACAUUCAACUCGCCAAAAAUCAGCGAAAAUAAAUUCCAUACAAAACACCUAAAAAACCUUUUCACCAAAAAUAAAUUCCACCUAAAAUAAAGUAUUCUACAGUACAUAUGUGGAUACUAUUAUUCUUACUUUUGUUGUUGUGGAACCCUCAUUCUAAUCACUGUAUUGACAACAACUCUGACGAAAGAUGACUGGAGAAUGUCAGGAGAUUGAAAACCCAUAAUUUUUUCAGCAAUUUACAACUACAAUUUACAUCUGCUGAUUGUAUGCAAAUUUAUAAUGAUUGCAUUUUAGUAAAGAUUUCCUAGUUAGAUUCAAAGGCAGAGAAGAAAAAGUGUAAGUCUCCUGCGAAUAAACUCAAUCACUGCAAUGUAACAAUGAUCGUGAAUAAGCCUCCCUUUGUUAUCUUCUGUAAUCAGUCUUUCUGUAUUUAUAUAUAUAUAUAUAUACUUUUACAAAUUAGUAGGGUAGCACCCUGAAUUUGAAUAGCCAUGCAUCUAUAAUUCUGCCCACAGUGCUUUGUAUCUCUACACCAGAGUGAA